AUGCCACAGUUGCACUGUGAUGCUGGUCAAUCUCUGGCCUUUCCCUUCUUCAUCUGGGGAGACUAUCCUCCUCUGCCUCUGGGCACCGGGUCCCACUGGCAAUUUGUGAGGCCAAAGGCCAAACGAGUGCUGGCCAAGUUGGCGGAGACGUACGUGGAGACCAUCUGCAGUGGUAAGGUGCCCUGCUUGGAGAGUGCGGUGCUGGUCUUGGCAGAGAUGGAGAACACGGCUGCCAUGGAGGAGGCUGUGGCUCACUAUGGGAAACUGAUGGAGGAGAGGCUGAGCCUGCCCACGGAGAGCGUUCCAGAGCUGCUGGGGGUCCAUGCUGAAUGUGAGAAGGAGGCCCUCCAGGUGUUCAUGGCACGUGCUUUCAAGGAUGAUAAGAGCCACUUCCAGGCUAAACUCAUGAAAACCCUGGAUGACCGGAAGGAGGAAUACUGCCGAAGGAAUGAGCAAGAGUCCAUUAAACGCUGCCAGGCUCUGUUGGCCACUCUCUGCGUGGAGCUGGAGGAGAAGGAGAGGGGGCAGAUCCUUUGGCCCUUCCUGGCGGUCCUCCUGAGCAAUGCUUCUCCCAUCCAUGCAGAGGCGGCCCUGAAGCAGUUCCUGGAGGACAAGGAGGACGUUGGGAGAGCCAUUCUCCAAAGCGACAAGGCCCUCAGCGAGAAGGAGAAGCAAAUGGCAGAGGCCCAGGUGCGGAAGGAGGCGGCCCAGAGGGAGCAGGAGGUCCUGCGUCAGAGGCAGGCUGAGCGGGAGCAGAAGAUGCAGGACCGGCAGCGGAGCUCCAAGGAGAACGUCCGGCAGCUGAAGGCCAAGAUGGAGCAGCAUCGGGAGCAGCUUCUGAAGGAGCAGGAGAAGAUGGUGGAGAGCAAGCUGGCGGAGCAAGAGGCGCUGCUGAAAGAGGGCUUCCAGAAGAAGGCCGGGCAGGUGAUGAAGGAGGUCCAGCGCCUGAAGGUUGAGAGCGCCACGAUCAGGGAUCCCUCCUGGCUGGACAGAGUCCUGAAGGGGCUGGUGUCAGCCCUCAUAUUCUAUUUGCCAGAGAUCGUCGACAAGGUGAUGGAGGUCGUCUCAAACCUGUUCAGGCUCUUGUGAUCAGUGCCUCCCAGCACCGCCCCUCCCCUCGAGGCCUCUUCUGCUGCUGCCUUUGGCUCGCUGUGGCCUGUCCGUGUGCCUCUUUGGACCCAAUGCGCUAUUAGAAGAAUGCUGUGCUUCCC